GUGCAGUAAGUUGGUUUUGCUCAUGUAUCUAGUAACGAAACAGACGCGUUACUAAUUGAUUAUUCAUUAAAGAGAUGCGGCAAAACUUUAAAGUAGGCUACUUGUGUUUCAGUGGCAAAUUAAUUAGGCUACUUGAAGUAGUCGUAGUAGCCUAGCCUACAAAGGUAGCCUACACAACUUACCAUAUAAAAAACCAAUACAACAAUGAGAGGAGUUUGGAGUUUUUUUUUAAUAAGUUUAUGUCUCAAUUGAGAUUUCCCCCACAUACCGUGAAUGCAGCAGGGCGCUUCCUUUUUUCGUGAUCGGUGCUACUUUGCUUUAAUCCUCGCAACAUAAUGUCUUCAGAAGAACUGUAUCUGCUGUAUCAUGGACUUAUGCUUCCUAAAGAGACACAUUCCUUCGAGAGCUUGAAGUUUGCGCAUGAAUUCACGUUUAAAGACGAGGACGUCACGGCUGUCGUGUACCCGAAGUCAGGUACAAUCUGGAUGCAGGAGAUCCUCCCACUGGUGCUGAAUGGGGGGGAUCUGACACCGAUCCAAACCAUUCCUAACUGGGACAGGGUCCCCUGGCUGGAGGAGAAAAGAUUAGCAUUGGUUGUGGAUCAGUUGGCAUCUCCACGGGCGCUGGUCACACAUUUUCCUUACCGCCUCAUGCCCCCUUCCUUCCACACCUCCAAAGCCAAGGUGAUCUAUGUCAUGAGGAACCCUAAGGACGUCAUGGUGUCUUCAUAUUUCUUCCAUCAGAUGGCCGAAUUCCUCGAGGAUCCAGGAACCUUUGAUGAAUUCAUGGAUAAAUUCCUUGAGGGCAGAGUAUUGUUUGGAAAAUGGACAGACCAUGUGAAGGGCUGGAGAGAUACACAGCUGGGAGACAGAAUAAUGUACAUCACAUAUGAAGAAAUGGCUAAGGACCUCCCUGCAGCUGUCAGGCGUUUCUCAGAUUUUCUGGGCCGUAAUCUGAGUGAAGAAGUCAUUCAGAAGAUAGCAGAACAUUGCUCCUUCAAGACCAUGAAGACCAACAAAAUGUCCAACUUUAGCCUGGUCCCUAAGGAGUACAUGAACCACGACAAAUCUCCCUUCUUCAGGAAAGGUGUUGCCGGAGACUGGGAAAACCAUUUUAGCUCAGAGCAACUGGCCAGAUUCACAUCGGCCAUUCGCAAAGAGCUGGAGGGUGGGAGCUUCUCUCUGCCAUGGAGCAUGGAUUGACCAUCAACCAAAGCAAAGAGAGAGGGAAAGAGUUGUAGAAAUGAGAUCAAGUGGGAAAUCGGUGAUAACUAGGCCAAAAUUUACUUUUGGUUUUAAUACUAGGCAUAUGACUAAAAGCAUUUUAUUGAUUUUAAAAACUCUAAACAUGGUUAAAACAACCAUCACUUGCAUUAUAACAAAACAUAAAUGUUAUUUAACAGAAAAUAUUUUUUUGUGCUAAUUACUGCAUUAUUGCCUGGUGUUUACUUUAUACAUUUCUGUCCCUACUACUUAGUGUGUAGUCUCAUAAUGCCAGACCUAUCUCCACAGCGCUGCAGAGUAAGGUCUGGCUACACCGCACAUACGUUCUAGGGAAAAAGAAAACGCUCUGGGUUGUUUGUAUUUCGUUAAACCAAUCACUAUCUUAGGGCAGCGCUAAGCUCCGGACACAGCGACAGUGGCACUGCAAAAUGGUCUCUGGAAGGACCUUGUUUUGGUGGAACAUUUGCACCCCGCAAAAGAAUACGCCGCAUACAACAUUCAAUCAAGUUAACUGUUCAUAAUAAAUUAGCCAUAAUUUGCUCCUACCAGUGUAUCACCGUGUGUACUUCAUCCACAGCAAUCCCACCACUCGUUCCCAAAACGUCCCAGUUAGAUACUGUA